AUCAAAAUUUUGGUUUAAAAAAUUGAAGCUGAUUUUUUUUUUUUUUUUUUUUCUUUGAUUUGUUGUGUUGAUGGUGGUUGUGAUUGGAGGUCGUUGUGGUCCAGAAUUAUAUUCAUUUUGAAUUGUAAAUCGGGAAUAUUGUUUUUUUCAAGGAAAAGAAAAUAUGGCCUGUUUGGCUAGAUUAAAAUCGGAUGUAAAAGCAUUGAGUGAAUUAUUUCCUCGUACACAUCCAUUGUUUCGUGUUACAUUGGCCACUGUAGAUGAAAUUUCCUGUAUGUUUAUUGUUCGUAAUAAUGAUCAAUCAGCAACAACAACAACAACAUCGACAUCGACAUCAUCGUCUGAAAAGAAAUUCAUAAUCAAUGCCAAUAUAACUGAAACUUAUCCACAUGAUCCACCGGUUUGGUUUUCCGAUUCGGAUGAUAUUUCUCCAACAUUACAAACGUUAACAUCAACAAAUGAUAAUAAUAAUUUUAUAUUACGCCAGGUGGCUAUCCUAUUGGAACAUCUGUGCAAUCAUUUUUCCAUUCCGAAACCAAUGGAUGAAUUGAACACAUUGAAUCAUCUUUGGAUGAAUCCAAAUAUUACGACAAAUAUAUUGAAUCAACGCCUUUAUCAACAAAAUAGUAAUAAUAAUAAUAAUAAUAAUUCUAGUGUGAAAACAUCAUCAUCAUCAUCAAUGAUUGAUUCAUCAUCAACAGCGACAACAUUAACAAUGCCAUAUUCAUCAAUCACAUCAUCAAGUAAUGGUGCUAUUGAUCAAUCCUUGAAUAAUUCUGUAUUGAUGAUGGAUAAAUCAUCAUCAAGAGAAACAUCAUCAUCAUCGAUAUUAUCGAAUCAUGUAUCAUCAAGUUCAUCAACAUCAUCAUCCAUUACAUCAUUGAAUUCAUUAUCGAAAAUGAUUACGACAAAAUUGAAUUCAACAACACAUACACAAGAAUUAUUAAUGUCCAAUGGUAUCAUUUCAGCCAAUAAUAAUCACCAAAAUUCGAUCUCUUCCACAAGUGGUAAUGAAAUGGUUGCUAGUUCAAAUGGUACCGUUAAUCAUAAUGAUGAUGAGGAAUUGAAAUCAAAUGGUGGUGGUGAUAAUAAUGAUGAUGAAGCUGAUAUUGAUGCCGAUGAUGAUGAGGAUGAUGAUGAAACGGAUAUGCAUAUAGAAAUGGAAGAUGAAACACAAAAUGAACAGAAUAACUCCGAUGGUAUUAGUUCAGAUAAUUGGGCACGUUUAGAACGUAUACGACAGAGUCAUCAUCAAUUUUUUCAAAACGGAAACUAUAGUUUCUCCGUACAAGCUACUGAUCGUUUGAUGAAAGAAUUACGUGAUAUAUAUCGUUGCGAUAGUUUUAAACGUAAAGUAUUCGAAGUACAUCUGGUUAAUGAUAAUCUUUAUGAAUGGAAUGUACAUCUGAAAAAAGUGGAUCCCGAUUCACAGCUACAUAGUGAUCUACAAGCAUUAAAAGAUAAAGAAGGUCAUGAUUACAUUACAUUGAAUGCAACAUUUAAGGAAAAUUAUCCAUUUGAGCCACCAUUUAUUCGAGUAGCAUCACCAUUUAUAUCUGGUGGUUAUGUAUUAGGUGGUGGUGCAUUAUGUAUGGAAUUGCUUACUAAACAGGGAUGGAGUAGCGCCUAUUCCAUGGAAGCGAUUAUCCUACAGAUCUCAGCAACAUUAGUGAAAGGAAAAGCAAGAAUUACUUUUAAUGGACAUAGGGGCCAAUAUAGCCUUUCAAGAGCACAACAGUCUUUCCGUUCUUUAGUUUCUAUACAUGAAAAAAGUGGAUGGUAUACGCCACCACAAGAAGAUGGUUAACUAUGAUGUACAUGCCCUCAAUCCUUGGUUAUUGGAUCGAUUUUGAAAAUCACACAUAUACACAUGAAAAAAAUUUUAUAAUUUCUAGCGUACACACACACCCCAUACAUACAGACCAUUCACCAUUAUCAAUCUUUUAUGGUUGAUUGUUAACCAUUUUUUUCUAUCACCUCAUUAUUAUCAUCGAAUCCACAACAACAACUUCAUUCAAUCAUCAUAUUGAUUCCAGAUCUGAUCUUGUUUUUUUUCCCAUUCUGUUCUUCGUUAUCAAUCUUUUCUGUAUAUCUCGUUAUUAUUAUUAUUAUUAUUAUUUUUUCAUUUUCAUCAGCCAACACAUUUAAGUUUACUGUUUCUGAUAAUAUUCAUAACAACAAAAAAAAACAACAGCAACAAUAACAAUUGUUAUUUUGAUUUAUGUUUACCUCAUUACAUAUACAUCCAUUUACUUACCCCCAAAUACAUCAUAUUUGCGAUUGACAAUUGUCCUACUUUAUUUCACACCCACACACAUACACACCCACAUUAGCUGUCGAUUAAUGAUUGAUUCAUUGAAAAUAUUUCAUUGAUUUUUUUAAAUACACACACACACACACAAAAUACUUUUCACUGUAACAUUGAAUAAAAGUUAGAUGAUAUAAUUGAUAAUCUAAUGGUAGCUAGGUAUUGAAUGAAAUUUACAAUAGUACAAAAAAAAUUCAUCCCCCACACACACACACUACAUCGGAAACACACACACACUUACAAAUUGAUGAUUUAUAUUUGUGUAAUGUAAAAUUGGUGUUUAAACCACCACAAACUAACAAUUUUUGUUCCAACAUCACGGCACUAAAUUCUUUAUUAAUUUGUUGAUUUGUUGUAAAUAAUUUCAAUUACAAUUAACAAAU